AGUGGGCAUUGCUUGGUAGAAUGAACGGCAUACUCACACGUUAGCCUGUAAGGCAGGGAUGCAAUUUGCACCUAGUAGAUUCUACUCUAGAUUGUGAAGAAUUUGGAAGAUGGCGCUUCGGCUGUGUCCAAGUUUCAGCCAUCCUCUGAUUGCUUCAAGCGUUUCCGUCGGAAACACUAGCCGAAUCCGCAGGUGUUCGAUUCGGAACUGUAUCUUGGAACCCAACGAGUCACGCAAGCUAGUGCUGGAAGUGAAGGAGAAGCUUGAGAAAGAAUACCCCAGCCUCCCUUUAGGUAGAAAUGGAAGAGAUGACGAUGAUAUGAUACUUUGGUUUCUGAAAGAUCGCAGGUUUUCUGUCGAAGAAGCUGUUUCAAAGUUGAGUAAAGCCAUUAAAUGGCGUCAAGAAUUUGGGGUAUCUGAAUUGUCUGAAGAAAAUGUUAAAGCUGUAGCUCAGACUGGAAAAGCAUAUGUGCAUGAUUUUCCUGACGUUGAUGGCAGACCUGUGCUUGUCGUGGUGGGAUCAAAGCAUGUUCCCUUAGAAUUUGAUCCUUCAGACGACGAGAAGCUGUGUGUCUUCUUACUUGAGAAGGCAUUAAGCAGGCUUCCAACUGGUAAAGAACAGAUAAUUGGCAUAGUUGACCUCAGGGGUUUCAGAACAGAAAAUGCAGAUCUUAAAUUCUUGACCUUCCUGUUUGAUGUAUUUUAUUACUACUAUCCAAGGCGAGUGGCCCAAGUACUAUUUGUGGAUGCUCCUGUUGUGUUUAAGCCGAUUUGGCAAAUGGUCAGGCCCUUGUUAAAAUCAUAUGCUUCUCUGGUGAAAUUUUGCUCUGCAGAGUCUGUCAGGAAGGAAUAUUUUACACCAGAAACACUCCCUGCCAGCUUUGGAGAUUGAUGGGGCUUUUCAUGAAAGGAAAUUCUUGUUUUGGAAGAUACACAAAGUUGCAGCGAACUGUACGAACUCUAUAGCUUUUGUGUUGCAGUGUCGAUGUCCAUAUGUGGAGUGGCAGAUGACACCGGUUUUCCUCCCCUUCCUCUCAAGACAUUGAUAGAUUUCGUUACUGUCAAGAGCCGCUGUUUGGCAUCCAUAUCCCUUGUUCCUGAUAAUUAUGUUAGCAGUCCAGAUUUUCCACGGUUUUAGGGUAAAAGGUAACUGAUUUUAUUUGAAGUUGUAGACAUCUUACAAGGUUGAGGAUUCAAAUCUCAUAGUUGGAAAAAAAAUCAUGUUGAGUUGAGUUAAUUGAGCCGAUAGUUUUCAAACGUUUUCACGUUGCACCAGACAUCGUGUAUUAAAUGGAAAACAAGAGUUGUCAGUACCUCUUAAGGAUAAGAUUGUAUUUAUAUAAAGGCUGCAGAGUGCUGACCAUUUCUA